UUGAACGCAAUCACACCCGAAGGCAAGGCGAAGCUGUUUGAGCUGGAUAUCGGCGCGGUAUUCGACUUUAGGGAUGACAGGGAAAUUAGACGAGAGGCUCGCCUUCCGGCUGAUGCGGACCCCGUCCUCGGGUUACCAGAGCUAAAGCGCCCCAAGCCAGGUGAAAUCAAUGUCUCGGACGAUCUCGCUGCAUUCGGUCAAGGACAAUAUGGCGAGAUCCCUGUCAUUCGGAACCCGUUGAAAGACAUUACCGAGUAUACGCCACAAGAGACAAUGAAACUCAUAACGAGGAUGGGACGUGGUGAUGAUGGAAUGGUUGAACUUUAUAUCGAUUUCCUCAAUGAUGGCGGAAAGAGCUUUGGAAAUAUCAUGCGGUUCCUCCUAAAACAAGCAAAAAGGGAUACAUCUCAAAGUACCCCCGAAGAACAAGACACAAACGCAUGGCACGGGACGGCUUGUCUUGUUCACUGUCAUAGUAGGUCAUCCUUGUCCUUUAUGGAUAAUGGUCUCACAGGAGUCCCGGAUUCUGUGAUUGCUCACGAUUAUGCUUUGACGCGUAUCGGCCUUGAGCCCAUGCGCAGCAUUCUCGAAAACCAGUUCAAAGACCUCAAAGCAGUGAAUCAAGAAGCAGCAGCUACUUUUGGAUCAAGCAGGACCGUCGUUAUGAUGAGGUUCUUGGAGGCUCUCAAGACCAAGUAUGGUGGUGCACGAGGAUAUUUUAAAGAGUAUUCUGGUCUUACGGACGACGAGUUGGAUAUUAUCAGAAAUUCGCUUGUCGUGAGCAAGAAAGAUUAA